CAAGAAUUCCAAACGUUCGUUCCACCACCAUCGUCUUCUUGUAAAGUGGACGACACUGUGGUUUUUUGAAAAUUUACAUAGUUGAGGCAAUCUUUCUUUUGUUUUGAAACGGUUCCUUCUGUUUUUUAAUCCGUUGGUAAAUUCCUCACUUCGAAGUUUUGUAAAUAUAUGUCAACAGACAUUGAUCAAUCGCAUUGUUAAAGCGUAGUAGCAUGUCCGAGCAGUCUUCCCUACCACAACCGUCUCCGAUGUCUGCUGAAUACUCGCUUCCUACUCUCUCAAGUGCUUAUUCUGAACUUGAGAACAAACAUGCGUUGAAAUCACCCCCGUGGGACCCUUCCAAAGCUUCCACUGGUUCGAAGUUAAAGGAUGGCACUAUUCCUUCUUUUCCUUCUUCGAUGACGAGCUCUGAAAGUUAUGUUGGUUAUGGUGCUUUUGGAAAUCGUUCUAAUAGCUUAUCGCGUACCCCCAACCUUGGUAGCUAUUCGUUUGCAACUUCCACAUUCACUCCUUACCAACUUUUUCACUCCUCAUCAUCAUCAUCAUUGGUCCCUCAGCCAACAUCCGCUCCUUCAAUUUCAUCAGGAUCCGGAGCUGUUGCAGCACCCGUACUUUCAAAUGGAUUAGGAGCCACUUGCUUAGCAACUCCGGCAGCUCCCGUUGGUCCUACUGCUCCUGCUUCUUCUGGCCCUUCCUACUCUAGACUUGGGUCUAAGCAUCUAUCAUCCUCCAUUCUUCAAAUGAACACUACAAUGGAUGAUAUCCCUGUUCUUUUAAGACGCCCAAAUUUGUCAUCUUAUCCUUCUUCAUCUGCUUCUUCCAAUCAAGGUUCUAGAAGAAGUCUUUCUGUAUCAAAUUCAAAUUUAAAAAGACCUACAUCUACCCCUUAUGCCUCGAAUUCUGGUGUUGCAACGCCUUCUCCUGCGAAUGCUCAUAGGCUUUCGACGCCUACGUUGAGUCCACGCCUCAACCACGCCACUUCUGCCAAUACUGCUCCUGCCUACAAUGGUGAUUCCGGUCCUUACCCAUCUUCGAAAACUCCGUCUUCCUUUCAGUCAUUACGCUCUUCAGGAUCGCCGUUUUUGACUGACUCCUUCACUCCUUCCUUAACUGCUUCUUUUACCUCGACGGCUAGUUCUGGAAGUAAUGACAGUGCUCCUCCUCUUCCUCCUAAUGCAUUAGGAAUACCAGCAGCAGGAAUUCCAACCACCUUGUUAGAUCCAUCUGCAUUGUGUGUUCCUGCUUAUAUGCCAGAAGAAGCGAAUGCCCAGCCUGCUGUGUCUUCCACCGUUGCUCCUUUUUCAUUUCCAUCUAAUAACAUCCUUUCAUUUUGCAAGGAUCAACAUGGUUGUCGAUAUUUGCAACGACUUUUAGAAAAAAAGAAUCCUGCGUAUGUUGAUGUUGUUUUUAACGAAACGCAGGCUUAUCUUCCUGUUUUAAUGGUUGACGCAUUCGGCAAUUACCUUUGUCAAAAAUUGUUUGAGCACGUAUCCGAUGCACAGCGUUCUAAAUUUGUUCAAACAAUAGCGCCGAAGCUUGUUCCUAUCUCUUUCAAUAUGCAUGGAACAAGAGCUCUUCAAAAAAUUAUUGAUUUGGUUUCAUCACCCGGUCAAGUUUCGUGUAUCGUAGAUGCUCUCAGACCGAACGUUGUCAUGCUUACGAAAGAUUUGAAUGGAAAUCAUGUCAUUCAAAAGUGCCUUAAUAGAUUUUCUCAUGAAGAUUGCCAGUUUAUCUUUGAUGCCAUCUGCAACGAUCCAGUCGAUGUGUCGACUCAUAGACAUGGUUGCUGUGUGGUUCAACGUUGUUUUGACCAUGCAUCGCCAGCUCAGAUUGAACAGUUGGUGCAACACAUAAUACCUCAUGCCUUACUCCUUGUCCAGGACGCAUUUGGGAAUUAUGUGCUGCAAUAUGUAUUGGAACUUAACAAUCCAUCACAUACGGAAACAAUUGUUAAUCAUUUCAUCAGUAAAGUCCGUGUCCUGUCUACACAAAAGUUUAGCUCCAAUGUUAUAGAAAAGUGUAUUUUCUACUCUCCUUUCCCGCUAAAGGAAAAACUGAUUGAUGAAUUAAUGGAUGAGAAGUUCUUGGCUAAAAUGCUCAAGGAUUCUUUCGCGAAUUAUGUCAUUCAGACUGCCUUGGAUAAUGCUGACCCUAAGCAACGUAUGAAACUGGCCGAACGUAUAAAGCCACUUAUACCUAGCAUCAAAAACACUCCAUGUGGUCGCCGUAUCAUUUCGAAGUUAGAACGACAACGCCACAGUUCAAAGGAAAAAGAAUAAUUUCACCUGUACAAUAAUACUGAAGUCUGAAAACGACUCAUACACGUUGUUUUUUUUUACUUUUUAUUAUUUCUAUUCCAGUUAGAAAAAGGCGUUUCGUACUGAAGUUCGCUCUUUAUUUAUUACCGUGGCAUAGAAGCGCAUUGCUUGUCGCUUAUUUGUAUUUCUAGUUUAAAGGACGGUUUUGUCUUAUUUGAUAUCUCACGAUUGUUUAUUAGUUUCUAAUUUUCUAUGUUGAGUCAUUUGAACACUUCUACCGAAGAUACCAAAAACACAGACUUCUAUAUUUGGCAAAUUUCUUGCUCUAAAAAUAAAUGUAUUCUAUAAUUAUUUUAAUAAAAUAAUCGAAUUCGAUUAAUAAUGUAAAACAAAA